GAGCAUCCAUUGCUAAUCUGUUCAAUCUAGAGAUCAAAGAGAGCGGGGAAGGCACAGGGAGGAGGGGGGAGGAGAGUGAUUUCUAAUUUUGCCCAAUAAAAUGCAGAGGGCGGUUUUCCGGCGGCUUUCUCCUCUCAGGCCAGGAAAGUACGCAUCCUCUUUCUCUGGUCUUGCCGCAGCGACGACGGAGGCCGAAGCCCUUCACGGGAAGAACAAUGCCACCCUACCGAAAUUACCCCCGUUCGACUACUCCCCUCCUCCCUACAAUGGCCCGCGGACGGCUGAGAUUCUCCGAAAGCGCUCCGAGUUCCUCAGCCCCUCUCUCUUCCAUUUAUACAAAAAUCCCUUGAAUGUCGUUGACGGGAAGAUGCAGUACCUUUUUGAUGAGGAUGGCAGGCGUUAUCUUGACGCUUUCGGUGGAAUUGCCACUGUGUGUUGUGGACAUUGUCAUCCAGAGGUGGUCGAUGUUAUUGUAAACCAGAUCAAGCGGAUUCAACAUUCUACUGUUUUAUAUCUAAAUCACGCCAUUGCAGAUUUUGCAGAAGCUUUGGCUUCUAAGAUGCCCGGCGAUCUCAAGGUUGUAUUUUUCACAAAUUCUGGCACAGAAGCAAAUGAGCUUGCCUUGAUGAUUGCCCGACUAUAUACCGGCUGUCAUGAUAUUAUAUCAAUCAGAAAUGCGUACCAUGGAAAUGCAGCUGGAACAAUGGGAGCAACUGCUCAAUCCAUUUGGAAGUACAAUGUUGUACAGAGCGGAGUACAUCAUGCGUUGAAUCCCGACCAAUAUAGAGGUGUUUUUGGUUCUGAGGGUGAAAAAUAUGCCAAAGACGUUCAAGAAAUUAUUGACUUCGGAACUUCUGGACAGAUUGCAGCUUUUAUUUCUGAAGCAAUUCAGGGAGUUGGCGGUAUAAUGGAACUAGCGCCUGGUUAUUUGCCUGCUGUAUAUAAGAUAGUUAAGAAAGCUGGGGGCCUGUGCAUAGCUGAUGAAGUUCAAUCAGGAUUUGGUCGAACUGGAAGCCAUUUUUGGGGGUUUGAAGACCAUGGGGUUAUUCCUGAUAUAGUGACUAUGGCUAAGGGUAUUGGUAAUGGGAUACCUAUUGGGGCAGUUGUUACCACUCCACAGAUUGCUGAGGUCCUGACCAGGGGAAAUUACUUUAAUACCUUCGGUGGAAAUCCUGUUUGUACUGCUGCAGGACAUGCUGUUGUAAGAGUGAUUGAAAAAGAAAAGCUUCAAGAGAAUGCAUUUGUUGUGGGAUCUUACCUGAAGGACCGACUCAAAGAGUUACAGCAAAAACAUGAAAUCAUUGGUGAUGUAAGAGGAAGGGGCUUGAUGCUUGGCGUUGAGUUAGUGACGGAUCGCCAAGAGAAAACUCCAGCCAAGGCUGAGAUAUUGCAAAUUUUGGAUCUUAUGAAAGAAAUGGGCGUGUUAAUUGGAAAGGGUGGCUAUUAUGGGAAUGUUUUUAGAAUAACACCUCCUCUCUGCUUCACCAAAGAAGAUGCAGACUUUCUGGUAGAUGUGAUGGACAUCGCCAUUUCGAAGCUUUGAAGCCUCUUUCCGCAAUUUAUCUGACCGAAUAAGUGGAUGCAUUUUUAUACCAUAUUCGUGUACAUUCUUCGCAUUGUAAAAUAUCAUUUAUUCUGUGGCAUGGGCCUCUUAUUUUGUACGGCAAAUAUUCGCUUAAUUAUUGAAUUAUGCUUCUCUCCCCCUCU